AUGAGUCGCAGGAUUGCAACUUUGCACUCAACGGGCAAAAAAACCAGGAGCAGGAGCAGUAGUCCGUCUAGUAAUGAUGGGAAGCGCCAGCAAGGAUUUUAUGUCGGCGGUAGCGAACAGAGUGGAAAUCUAGUGCUUGAGCCAGAUAGUUCACGUAACGAGGAUUUCGUUUCACAGUUCUUCAAUUCAGCUCGUGCUCGUGGUGCUGAAUCUCUGACACCAGAAGAAUGUACAAAAUCAGGAGCUCAUGACAUAGUGAAGUUAUCUUCGGGUAUUAAAGGUUACCGUUUGGGGGGUGCUGUUCAACAACCAUCCGAGUUGGUUGAAUCAAAUGGUUCUACUCCACAAGAUGUGACACUUGUCAUGUGGGAAAAUGGAUUUACUGUAGAUGGUGGUCCACUUCGAUUGUACAGUGACAUGCGAAAUCAUUCGUUUUUACAAACGAUUGGCGAAGGACGCGUACCGGGCGAAAUAAUACGGCAGUAUCCGGGCAAAAUUAUUUACCUUCGAAUGGAACGUCGAAGCGAACCACGUGUAGUUGAAUCGAAGCCCUUUACUGGAGAAGGGCAGAGAUUAGGUGAACUUGUUCCAACCGUUUUUUCUACAAGAAAUUUGGAGCAAAAAACGAGUAAUAGUGCUAAUCCAGCGAACAAUGGAUUUGUAGGAUUUACUCAUCUUGGAAUGCACUUCUUAGAUUCUGAUGACAUUAAGAAAGCUCAGGAAGCGACAAAAUUAAAUGAUGAGGAACCUAUAACACAAGUGCAAAUUCGACUGCCGAGUGGAGAGCGGAUUGUCGGGAAAUUCAAUCAUAAUCAUACUGUUGGAGAUAUUCGAAAUUUUGUCAUAAUCGCCGCACCAGUUUAUGCCUUCCAGCCGUUCAAUUUGAUGACAACCUUUCCGAAUAAAAUGAUUGAACAAGAAAACAUUUCUUUGAAAGAUGCAGGUUUAUUGAAUGCAGUUAUUGUUGCGAAACUUGUGUAG